ACUCAGUGCCUCUCUGAACCUGUGAAAUGGCAGUGAUGGGAAUUACAUGCCAAGGAGCUCCUGAUCCAAACGUGAAGCACAAGAAGGAGCUCACGGCAACAAAGGGGCUGAACGAGACCGCUAGUGAAAAGCAGAGCAGUGUCUGCAAAGUGGAAGAUUCGAAGAAGGUCACCUUUCACAGUCCUUGGAAAAUCCUGAAUGAUGUAAUCACCAAAGGAACAGCAAAAGAAGAAACAGAAGGCGGCUCUGCAUCGAUUUCUAUAAUUGCCCAAGCAGAAUGUGAAAACAGUCAAGAGUUCAGCCCUACGUUGUCAGAGAGAUCCUUCAUUGCUCAUAGUAAGCGCUACAGCCGGUCAGACAGCCUUGAUCAAAUCCCUAACAAUGUGGCCCACGCAAGGGAGGGGAAGAUGGCACCUACCUGUUGGAGAGGGAGGCAUCGUGGUAAAAACAGAAAGAAACGGCAUAAAAAAAGAUCCAAGCUGAAAAUACAAACAGUGGCUGCUGGCAGACGUGGUCCCAGGACUCCAGAACAAGAAAGCUGCACCCCCAUUCCAGUCCAGGAGGAUGAAGCACACCAAAGUACUCUCUACAGAAACAAUUUUUGGGUUUCAGAACUUGGCAAGGAUUUGGCUUAUGAUCCGCUGCUGUUUGAGAAACCCGGGAAACUUCUGUCCGCCGGCAAACUCCCUUCCCCAAGGAGCCAGUACAAAACAGAACUGCAAAGGCUGAUCAGCCCUGUUCAGUGCCUUAGUCAUGUUUGGAAACGUCACUAUCCGAAGGACAGUGUUCCGCAGCCUGAAACGCUUCACCCUUUCCCGUACAACAUAAUACCUCCUCAUUUCCCACCCCUGGAGAGUCCUCUCCAUGCCAUGAAACUCAAAGCACUGGGAACAUACUGCCCCGGUGACUUCAACUAUCCAGACAGUGAGCAUCGCUUAUCUAGCCUAAACUUAGAAUGCAGUUUCCCCAGAUGUGUCAACCAGUCCAUGAGAACCAGUUCGGACAAGAUUUCUGUGGAAGAAUACUUGGUAGACGCCUUGAAGGGGAGUGUGAGUUUCGGUGAACCGCAGAAUUUAGCCAGCCUAGCCAAGACGUGGAGAGGAGGCGGUCUGGACCUGAAGGAACCAUCCCAAAAAGCAGAGGAGAACGAAGGCGUGCUCCUGAACGAGAAACUGAAGCCAGUGGAUUAUGAGUACAGAGAAGAGGUUCACUGGACAAAGUGUCACGGUUCUCUGGGCAUUGGCUCUUUUGGAGAAGUAUACAAAAUAGAGGACAAGCAGACAGGAUUUCAGUGUGCUGCCAAAAAGGUACAAGUUGAACACUUCCGUGCAGAGGAGUUGACAACAUGUGCUGCAAUAACGAGUCCUAAAGUUGUCCCCUUGUAUGGAGCAGUGAAGGAAGGGCCUUGGGUGACGAUCUUCAUGAAGCUCAUGGAGGGUGGCUCCCUGGGCCAGCUGAUUAAACAGAGCGGCUGCCUGCCCGAGGACAGAGCUCUCAGUUAUCUGGGCCAGGCUUUGGAGGGCCUGGAGUAUCUUCACGCUCAAAACAUUCUUCACGGGGAUGUAAAAGCGGACAAUGUGCUCUUAUCUGAUGAUGGAAGCAGGGCUCUUCUCUGUGACUUUGGACACUCUGCUCACCUUCAUGCAGACGGCUUGGGGAAGUUCCUGCUCACAGGGAACUAUGUACCUGGCACGGAGACUCACAUGGCUCCAGAGGUGGUGAUGGGGAAGCGCUGCGACUCCAAAGUGGAUGUCUGGAGCAGCUGCUGUAUGAUGCUGCACAUGCUCAACGGGUGCCACCCGUGGACCCAAUACUACAACCACCCACUCUGUCUAAAGAUAGCUAAGGAGCCGCCUCCUCUGAGGGAAAUUCCGCCUUCCUGCAACCCUCUCACUGCUGAGAUUAUUAAAAUGGGCCUGGAGAAAGAGCCUGUGCAAAGAGCGUCUGCGUCUGAACUGAAAACCAAGGCCACGGUCGCACUCGAAGAAGUGGGAGGCGUGACAAGCCCCUGGAAAGGCGAAUACAGAGAGCCCAGACAUGUGGCUUUAAACAAAGAAAACGAUCAACAGGCCUCCCUGUCCCCCACAGUGAGCCCAGUUUCUGAGACUGAUUCUGACCCGAAAUUGUCAGGGAAAGUUUCUUGUGCAAGCCCAGAGGUACCACCCCCAUCGCUGGAGCAAACAGAGGAGGUCGAGGGAACCCCUUGGAACCUGUGCAAGGAGUUACCUGGGAUCUGGGAUCCUCCCCCUCUCUCUUCUUUGGCUCCUCUACCCCUGAAGAGCUGCAGUCAUGCAGAGAGAGUAACAACCAUCUCAGAACAAGAACUUCAGCAACUAGAAAUAGAACUGUUCCUGAACAGCCUGUCACAGCCUUACUCACUGGAGGAGCAGGAACAAAUGCUUUCGUGCCUCAGUAUUGACAGCCCUUUUGUGUCGGAUGCCAGUGAGAAGAACUCCCUGAAGGCUUCUCAGAGCUUGAGGGACACCAUGAGCUCUGGGAUUCAUUCCUGGAACAGCCAGACAGAUGGACAGAGUUUCAGUUGGAACAACCUGCUGAAUCGCAGUCGGCACACGGACACUCCCAGCUAUUUCAACGGAGUGAAAAUCCAGAUUCAGUUGCUAAGCGGAGAAAAUCUACACAUCAGGGAUUUCCACAGGACAAAGGUGGGAGACAUUGCCACUGGGAUAAGCAGCCAGAUCCCAGUCCCCGCGUUCAGCCUGGUGACCAAGGAGGGCCACCCCGUUCACUACGACAUGGAGGUGCCGGACUCGGGCAUCGAGCUGCAGUGCACGCUCGCCCCCGACUGCGGCCUCAGCUGGACGUGGAGAGUCAAGCACGGGCACCUGGAGAACAGGCCAUGAGGGCAGCUCUGCCUCGGAGGUUUUCACCUUGUUGAAAUAAGGAAUUGCAAAAGCUUCCGACCGCCUCUGCCGUCAAGCACCACGUGCGGUUGCUGGUGUUUU